AUGUAUUCAGAAAACGAUAUCAUCGAAAUGGAUACUUCAUUCAAUUGUUCCAUCUUAAUACCCUCAAGCGACGAUCCUGAAACUAUUUCGGUUGAUAUUUACAAAGACAAUAAGAAUAGAAGAUAUUUCCAACGUGGUAAAUUAACACAGGUCACCUUAUCCAAUUUCAAAGUUUCACAUCUCAAGGAACAUAUAUGUAAUAUAUAUGAUAUUAAAGAAGUUGACCAGCCAGGUCCCUCCAAACAAGGCGUUCCACAAGACGCGGUUGAUUGGAAUAAUGUUGAUUCGAUCUAUAACUGGAUAAAAGAGUUAAAACGACCUGAUGAGAAUCAGAAGUCCAAGCUUGUAAGUUCCUUUGGUGCCGAAUUUCCUUUACAAGGACGAGACGAAACUCUUCAAAUAUUACUUAAUGGAAAUCAAACGCGAAAUGGGAUUCGUCAAAGACUUGAUUAUAUCAGGGAAAAAAGAUAUGACAAGCAACUCCAUCAUAUUCCCAUCCUGGCUAAUGGGCCAGGCACAGGGAAAAGUCGAUUCCUCCAAGAACUUCUGACUCUCUUAGAACAAUAUCGCAAUCGCAGUGAACAUGUACUUGGUAAUUCACAAGUAUUAGCUAUAAAUAUUACAUUUAAUACAAUUACUAAUGCAUCAGAUGAAGAUGCAUCUGCUGGUCCAGCAUCGGUUGCACUGCGAAUGCUUUAUGAAUAUUUUAUCUCUGGUAGCGAGACACUAUACUUUAAUCAAUUUAUGAGAAUGUGCAGAAAUUGGAAAACUCUCAAAAUUGAAACUGCGUGUGAUGUUGUUCUUAAGGAUAUUGGUGGCAAUAUAGGUUUUUUUGUCAUUGGAAUCGAUGAGCUAAAUGUCUUGCAUAAUCUAGCAAAGGAUAAUCAAAGACCAGUUCGUGACAUCGUUCAUGCUAUCGGAGGCCUAAUUACCAAUUCGAAAAAAAAUUUGCUCUAUGUACCAAUCUUGGCCGGAACAAUUCAAGGUCCUCUUGAGAAAUUUAUUCAGGAAUCGACGUAUGAUCUUUUACGUCUACCGCUCCGUCUUCUUUCAGAUGAAGAAGUAGAGAAAAUUACCUCAUAUAUGAAAGAAGAUCAAGAAUUGGCAGGCUGUAUCAAUCACAACAAAACCUUUCAACGCUUUAUUAGUGAUAUUGGUGGACAAGUCCGAGCUUUGGAAAUUUUCUAUAAAGAAUUAUUAUGUGCAAUUAAGAUGAAUACACCAGUUAUUGAUUAUAAGUUUGUUUUUCAGCUUGUUAAUCACCGCCUUAAGAAAAAAUAUCCAUUUAAAGAGUUUGCAACUAUUAUGAAACCAGUGGUUGCAUAUGCAAUCCUAAACAUUCCUGUUGAUGAGGAUGACGAAUUUGAAAUUGGUAAUGAUAAAAUCUCUUAUAUUGAUCUCGCGUCAAAGGGUAUUAUAAAUUUGGAGGUUACAUGUGAUGAUCCUAAUAAGUCCUAUGUACGUAUGCCGUAUAUAUGGGUUUGGAUAACAACAUCAAUCAAGGAAUUCAAAGCGGGUCGAUUUUGGGAUGUUAUGAUUAAUCAUAAAUCUCAUACCUUGUGGCAGAGUUUUGAAGAAUUUAAUAUGCGAUUUUGGGUCCUACGUCUUCAACUUUUUAAAGAGUUAAAUGAUUCAGUAACAUUACGAGAUCUCUUCAGAAGUGCAUAUCAUAAUGAUCAAGGAAUCUCUCUUUUUGAUCUUGAAUUUCGGCUCCCUACAGUAGAAAAAUAUUAUGUAGAACUUACAAAUCGAUAUCCUUACACAAUGAACAAUGAGCACUUAUUGCUUGGCACAGUAUUUAAGAAUGCCGAAGGAGCUCCAUGGGAUAUCUUUCUUUUUCUGGAUGAUUACCUUAUUGCCAUUCAGGUUAAAUCUUCAAAUGCCACAGCUGGACAGCCCCAAACCUUAUCUAAAAGGAUGGUUGAAAGCGAGUACAAGAAAGUUAAAGAUGCAGUUGAAGUUAUGAAGAAAUCAUUUGAGAGCGAAAGUCCCAUUAAACAUUGGGUCCUUUUCAUCUGCACCAAUGGACCUAAGACAAGAAAUUGUUUGGAAUCUUUAGAAAGAAAUUGUUUCGUAAUAGAUCGUGAAAACUAUAAGCUCUUCUAUGGGUAUACUUUUUCGACCCGUGCUGAAUUUUCGGCAGAUAACGACCAAUUGGAUGCAAAUACUGCGGAGGAAUACGAAUUAAGAACAAUUAGUGGAAUAGGAGAUGCAAUUGCAUCUGCAAUCACGAAUAAAAGACCAUUUGAGGAUGAAAAUGAUCUUUAUAAUAAGGUUAAACAAAUUCCUAUGGAGGCGAGAAAAAAAAUCAAGGUUACGAAAAAUGAAUAG